GAUCAGCCUAAGAGGUGGGGCGAGUCCCUCUCUCUCUCCUUCUGUCUACUCCUGGGAGAGUUUAAAGGAAAGUCGCGCUCAGUUAGAAUAGAAUGGUCAACAGCUGGAUGAUGUUAUCCUUUGGAAUCCUCUUCGGCUGUGUCCUGUGGUCAGCGCUGGCUGAUGGGGUCCACCAAUACCAUCAUGUUGAGGAGGUCAAGGCUGCUAUGCUCAGGAAACUGGCACUGACCGAGGCUCCACACCUCAUCAAGAGAGACCUAGAGAACGCAGUGGUGCCAGCUCGUGUGAGGAACAAAUACGUCUCCAUGCUGAAGCUCUACAAGGACAAGGAGAGGAAGAGGAGAGCCCUGCCCAGCUUGGCUGGCAUCUUACGGGGAGUGCCAGGAAAUUCCGAUACGAGAGGAGACAUACUCUAUUCGGACCCUGCCAGGCAGACGCUGGUCUUCGAUAUGAAGGGGCUGAUCCCUGAAAACAGCGAGGUGACCAUGGCAGAGCUCAAGCUCUUCAAGAAAAGCGUUCACAAAGGAGAGCUCCCUCCCAGGAGGCACAGUCGGCCAGUCAACAACGCCAGGGUCAGUGUGCACUGGGUCAAGACUCUGCCUGAUGGCAGCAACAGGACCUCACUCAUCGACUCUAGGCUGGUCCCCAUUCUCGACUUUGGCUGGAAAAUGUUCGAUGUCACCCAGGCUGUACACUACUGGCAGAAUACCAAAGAGAUUGCAAUGUACUUAGAGGUCUGGAUUGAAGCUGAGCGACCGGGGAGGCACGCGGCUGAGCUGGCCAGGUUCGUCUCCUUCACCUCCCAGGAUCCUGCUGACCAGGAGCUGGCAAAGCCUGAGCUGGUCCUCUACACCCUCAACUUCAGCGAGUACGGAGCUGCCGGGGACUGCAGUGGGAGCCGGACCCGAAGAAGUGGAUCCUGCUGCAGGCAGGAAUACUUCAUCAACUUCAGGGAGCUGGCCUGGACGCAGUACUGGAUCAUCGAGCCCCCUGGUUACCAGGCCUUCCACUGUGUGGGCAGUUGCAAGCAGCCACAGUGGCCCUUUGACUAUGGAGAGAGGAGCUGCGCAGCGGUGGAGAGUGCCUCCCUGCCUGUGAUGUACCUGGUGAAGAAAGGGGACUACACAGAGAUCGAAGUGGCUGAAUUCCCCAACAUGAUCACUGAGAAGUGUGGCUGCACUAUGGACAAUAUCUCAAUGAUAUAACUUGGACCCCUGUGGGGCAACAGGGGCGCUGUGAUUUUGCUCAUGUCCUUUUCCUUGGUUCCCCCAUUCCAUGAAGGCAUUGCGGCCUAUGUUUCCAUGGUUACCCACACUCCUGUUGCCAGCUUGCAGUGUCUGGAGUCAUACGUAGGCCCAGACCUGGUGUCACAUGUAGGCUCAGAGCUGGAGUCGAGUGUAAGCUCAGACCUGGAGUCACAUGUAGGCCCAAACCUGGAGUCAUGCAUAGACCAAGACCUGGAGCCACAUGUAGGCCCAGACCUGGAGCCACGUGUAGGCCCAGAC